AAGUUACUUCACAAUUCAUCUAAUAACAAGUAGUCAUGGUCAAAUUGAGAUUAUAAAGUUGAUAAAUCGUAGCAAGCGACGACUAGUCUUACUUGCAGACUGAUUAAUAUUGUUUAAAGUGUAAAUUCAUAAUAAAUUUUUUGAAACUUGUGAAUGUGAAUUUGAGCGAAGAAUAUGCCAAAGCUUACUUUGCUUUUGUUUCUUAUAACUACAACAAUAAACAACAUUGUAUUAGCAGAACCAGUUCAUGAUGCAAGAGUAAUUAUUGUUGGGUCAGGAGCAGCAGGUAUAGCCGCUGCGUCGAAAUUGCUUCAAAAUGGCUUUACUGAUGUCAAAAUUAUUGAAGCUGAAAACCGAAUUGGUGGUCGGCUUUGGGCAGUUAAAAUCGGCGAUUAUAUGAUGGAUAUGGGAGGCCAAUGGGUACACAGUGAAGAAGAUAACGUUUCCUUCGAACUAGCCUGGCCUUUAGGACUCCUUGAACACUUUAAUUACAGCCAUGUUUUUACCACAAGAUUCUUCAAUUCUUCUGGUGAACAAUUGCUUCCAGAAGUACUCAGCAAUAUCACUUAUUUUUAUCUUAAUCUAACGGAAAAUUCUGAUGUUAAUGAUAUUGCAAAAGCUGAGUCUUAUGGAGAUUUCAUAGUAGAAAAAAUGGAAGAAUACUUCAAAAGAUUGCCAGAGGUUACAGAUGACAUGAAGAAUUUGAUUUUGUAUCUUUUUAACUUGGUACAAGGAUCUUCUGAUGGCUCUGAUGAUUGGACGAAACUUUCACCUAAGAUGCCAAGAGAUUACCCAGUUUGUAAAGGCGAUUUGUCGAUUAAUUGGAAAGAGCGCACUUAUACUACAAUAUUGGAUAUCCUGAUGAAGAAAUAUCCGAAUCCGACAGAAGAACUACCAGUUUUGAAAAAUAAGAUUUCAAAUUCAAAAGUUGUUAAAAUAAAUUUUGAUUCAUCAGAUGCACCAGUUGAAAUUACUACUGAAGAGGGUAAAAAAUAUUUAGCUGAUCAUAUUAUUGUAACGCCGUCUUUAGGAGUUUUAAAAGCUGAUUAUGAAAAAUUGUUCAAUCCGCCUUUACCAGAUAAAAAAAUUAAUGCUAUUCAAAUAACCUAAUGGUUAUUGUAUUGACCAUUGACGAGGACAGAUGGCGCCACAGUAGAACUUUCUCGCAUGUGCUUGUGCAUAGAGUAGUUUCAAUAUAUAGGAAUUGACAACGGGGAAUCCUCAAGGCGGUCCAACAAGUCAUGGUUGGAAACCUGUAAAGGCUCGACGAUGCGAUUGACGUCUUCAAUUACGAGUAAAUGGAGUACUCUAACGAAUUGAACUCAACAGCCUCGGGGAGAUGGGCCCUUACCGGGGAAGAAGUAAUGCAACUUCCAUACCGUUAAGGGGUGUGCUUUGAAUGGCUUUACAGUGAUGUAUCGCCGUCGGCAUAUGAGUAAUUACCAUCUCGUUCCUCGUCCCGUGAGGAAUCCUUUUGUCAUUUUCAAUCAUUAACUUUAUCAU